ACGCUUUAUUAGUAGCAAGCGUGUACGGAAUGGUGUUUGGAUGAAAACAUGUCCUUCACAACAUUGCGUUUGUAUCGACAUUUAAAUCUACUGCAGUUUGCAACAUCUGAAUCUACAUAUAACCGUAGGGCAUUAUUUCACCAGUCACACUGUUGCCAGCAGAACAAGAAUGUUCCAGCUCAAGGGAGAGAUGGUCUGGUUGGAUCAGAGACUUCCACUGUCCCUAAGGCCUUCUCAAGAACGCAGAUGAUAACUCGCUCCAUGGAGCGUUUUAUUAAGCAUUUACAAGGGGAAGAAUUAAAACGUCAAAGAGACAUCGCUGAAUAUGAGCUGGGCAAGAGGCAUUUGGCAAAUAUGAUGGGCUUAGAUGAGGGGCAAGAAAUGACUCAGGAGGAUGUGAAAAAGUGUAUAGAGUACCUGUUUCCCUCAGGGUUGUUCAACAAGCAGGCCCGCCCUAUGAUGGAGCACCCGUUGGUAUUAAGACCUCGAGUACAGAUUGCUGAGCAUGACGAGGAAGGAAGGCCCAAACAUUAUCUGCAUUACACAAUGAAACCCACCUUCUAUGAACUACUUCAUAAAGCUGCUGUAAAGUAUGAACGCUUGAAAGGUUUUGAUGGUGGACAAGAAGGCAAUCUUUCUGUGAAUACAACAGCCUCUGAGGAAAUUGAGUUUGAAAUGUUGGAGUGGAUACCUUAUGCAGAAUUCAAGGACCUGUUUAAACCAGAGAAGAUUAGCGAAGCUGAUUACAAGCGAUUCCUCACACUAUUCUCACGACUAAGGGAGCAUCCUCUUGGCCAUAUGGAGUGUGACUUUGUGAAGACCUUCCUCCGAGUGAGACAAGCGGCAGACUCUGGGGAGAAAAAGAAACUACUUCCAAUCAAAGAUGAAGACGGACGUUUGUUUGUGAUUGAGAGAGGUUUUAAGAAGACAGCCAAGGCAUACGUUUCUUUGAAGAACAAUGGUAGUGGACAGUGGAAUAUCAAUGGGAAGGAUCUCACCUACUUUGAGGAUGUCCUUUAUAGACAGGUAGUUAUGUGGCCACUACAAUUGUGUAACGUGAUCGACCGCUACGAUGUGUCUGUCCGUGUGACCGGCAGUGGGAUCAGUGGACAGGCCCAGGCAAUACGACUUGGCGUGUCGCGAUGUCUGUCAGCAUUCAUGUCGCAGGAAUUAGUCGAGAAAAUGAGGAUUGCUGGGCUUCUAACAAGGGACCCCAGAAGAAGGGAGAGAAAAAAGCCUGGACAGGAAAAAGCAAGAAAGCCCUUCACAUGGUUACGACGGUAGUUGGUUCAAUAAGGGGGUCAUCCCCGGGCAUUCAAAUGAUGUCCAUGUCAACACAGGGAAGAAUACAUGUGCAAAUUGGGUUUUACACCAACGUCUUUCUUGAAGACUUCAUCCAAUUAGAAUUCAUGGAUGUGUCAAUGUUUUAGAUAUGGUAUAAAAUAUUAAAUUUACAAUACUGA